AUGACUGCUCAGCGGGCUGUGUCCGCGCUGGACCCCAGCACGAGGCUGAGCGCCAAACAGCGCGUCGAGGUGCUGUCCGAGGCGCUGCCGUACCUGCAGCAGUUCGCCGGGAAGACCGUCGUCAUCAAGUACGGCGGGGCUGCCAUGAAGGACGCCUCCCUCAAGGCGGGCGUCGUGAGCGACAUUGUGCUGCUGUCCUUGGUGGGCAUCAACCCCGUGCUCGUCCACGGCGGCGGCCCGGCGAUCAACUCGUGGCUCGGCAAGGUCGGCAUCGAGCCCAACUUCAAGAACGGCCUCCGCGUCACCGACGCGGCCACCAUGGAGGUCGUCGAGAUGGUGCUUGUGGGGUCGGUCAAUAAGUCCAUUGUCUCCCUCAUCAACACCGCGGGGGGCUCCGCAGUGGGGCUGUCGGGCAAGGACGGCCGCGUGCUGCGCGCGCGCCAGAUGGUGGAGAAGGACAUCGGCUACGUCGGCGAGGUGACGUCCGUGGACGUGUCGAUCAUCAACGCCAUCGUCGCGGACGGCCACAUCCCGGUGCUCGCGACGGUGGCGUCCGACGACAGCGGGCAGGCGCUCAACGUCAACGCGGACACGGCCGCGGGCGAGAUCGCGGCGGCCCUGGGCGCCGAGAAGCUCAUUUUGAUGACGGACGUGCCCGGCGUGAUGCGCGACAAGGACGACGUAUCGACGCUGUUCCGGAACCUGAAGAUCCGGGAAUCGCGCGAGCUCAUCGACGAGGGCAUCAUCGCGGGCGGCAUGAUCCCCAAGGUGCAGUGCUGCAUCCGGAGCCUGAGUCAGGGGGUGCAGGCGGCGCACAUCAUCGACGGGCGCGAGAGCCACUCGCUGCUGCAGGAGCUGCUCACGGACGAGGGUGUCGGCACGAUGAUCGCCAACAACUAG